GGGGCUACGAGGUCAGGUCUACGUUGCGUGAGAAAAAAAACUCAUCCUGGCCGACUACAUCAUUUCCUUCUCAGUAUUCUAUCUACUUCGUAAUCAAUGUUAUACCAGAACCGAAUCGAAUAAUUCUUUCUCUUUGUCCGUCUUAUUUACUUCCAUCUCUGUCCUUUACUAAUUUUCCAAAGCCGAUCGCUGGCCUCAUUAACCUUCGUUUAUCUUAUCAAGCCUCGGUGGUUCACACAUUCCCACCGGUUCCGCGAUCAGCAGUGUGCGCCCUCUUUUUCCCGUGCUGCACCCCAGCCUUUCACUCUAGCUCAGCUGCGCUGGCAAAGUCAAAACCAGCCUUCAUUUUCAGCUCUCGAAUUUCCACCCAUUUGCAAUUGACAGUCUUUUAUCGUUUCUUUUUGUUUACUUCGUAUUUCUCUCCUUUUUAUUUGGUGAUCUAUUCCCCUCUUUUCCCUGCUUGUUCUUAUUUUUAUAUACCAUCAUAUUUUGUAUUUGUUUACUGCUUUUAAUAAUUCUUCGACGGUUUCUGUUAGAGUCUUUUUUGAAAGACAGCUUACUGGCAGCUGCCGCUUUCCCCGAUCACUUUCUUGUUGCGUCAUCCCAACCAACGAAUCCGAGAUCAAACUUCCAGCCCAGCCUCCUUCCUGCAGCUGCGCGAGGAACUAAAAUCACGACCACUGCCAGGGGUUACUGGUGCCUGCUGACAGGAAUUCACUUUAUUCGUUCUCGUUUUACUUUUAUACCCCGACUUGAUCUGAUCAGAUCUAAUCUUUAACUGCCGCGACAAAGACCAACGUUCAUUAAUCAACCUCGACUUUUACCAUCAUUCACAAUCAGUCAAUCAACAGAUAACCAAAUCACUCUCUUUUCGGCAAUCCGCGCGCAUCCUCGGCCAAUAGCGCAUGGUUGAUAGACAAUACUGCUACCUGCAAUCACUAACUCAGCCACAGCCGACAGAUCGAGUAUUGUACAGCCGGAGCAGCCGGGUUACACUCUUGUCUCUUUCUACCCGGAGUAACUGUAUACUUGUAUACCUUUACUAUACCGUUCACCAACAGGCAUCCUCAACCUUCAAACAAGAUGUUCCACUCACAGGGUCAAAUGGCCAACCCGCUCGGGUUGAUGUCCCUGAAGCGGGGUAGGGAUGAUGAAGCCACGGAAAGCUGCCAAAUUGGCUUCACUGAGCACCGUAAUAAGCGCUUUCAGACCCUUCCACUACGCACUGCCUCGCGACCAAACUUCGACCCAGAUACCACCUUCUCAUCUCCCGAAUCUUUAGCCGUCAAGCCACACAACUUCGAGUCCGAAAAUGGCAGUGCGUUUCUCGGAAGCUGCUACGCUCAGCAGGCAGCCUACGCUCAGCAGCAACAGGAACAGGCCCAGCCUAGCUUCUCGCCCUGGUCAUCCACCUCGAGCAGCGCCGUGGGUCAAGAAUACUCGCAUGGCGGCAACGCGGAUAUGGACAUGAUGAUGGAUAGUGACUGUGGCGGAGACAACCAGAACGGACGGAUGCCGACACCCAUACUACCCAGCUUCGCAGCGCAGGUCAAAGGUAGCAACUGGGGUGCCGCUGGUGGCAACGGUUUUCAGAGCCAAGCUUACGACCGAGCAGAUGGAUUCUCUUCAUCCCCAGUCAUGUCGCCUACCGCAGUCCGUGACCGUACAGUUCCUAGGUCUCUCGAACACUCGUCCGCCACCAUGGCCGACUGGAACCUGGUGCAAAACCGUCCCUUACCAUCGCCGAUCAGCGAAAGCGGUGGUGAGGAGAUGAGCAGCCCCAACAUGGUGCUGGACUGCCAAGGAAGCUUUCCCUACAUGGCGCAGCGUUCUUCCUCAGCAACGGAGUUGCCAAUGUACCUCCGGAGCGAUAGCCCUACCGCGCCUUCAUCACCUCCUCAGGAGCACCCCAACCUGCAUCAAUAUCAGCAGGUACACCAGCAACGCGAGGGCAGUCCGUCGCCGUCUAAGAAGGGCCACACCCGCUCUCGUCACACCGUCAACAACUGGACGCUGCAUGGGGGCAUGAAGAAGUCGUUCAGUAUAGGAUACCGGGCGGACUGCGAGAAAUGCCGUCUCAAGGUCCCAGGUCAUUUCAACCACAUCAUCGUCUCUUAGAAGGGACAAGAUUAUCAUUAUGGAGAUCCGGAGCUCAUUGCUCAACUGCCGGAAAAAUAUUUGAUUGAGCAUCAGGCUCUGAAGCAGAAGAGACUAAGGAGACAAAAAGAACAACAUAAAAUGCGAGCGCUCGCUGAUUUGAGUGGGAACGAGGUCCGUCAGGUGACAGAUUGGAUUACCAACAAUUGGAAGCGUCGUGAAGGACGCGAGGAGGCGUGGUCAAAAGCGACAUGCGAGGAUGUCCACAAGAGGCCAUGUCAACGGCCCUGGCCAAAUUCGAACUAUAUCUUCUCGAGCGAUAGAUACCAAACGAACAGGCUUCGGCAGGCACCGGACCAGUCCCCGCCUGCUCCAUAUGCCGUCAGAGGUAUCUUGGACCUCAACACUGAUGCCGAUAACCUUGCAUCCAUGUUCUCGCGCAUAGAUCUGGGCAAGUGAUCCGUCGUGCAACACCCAAUCAUUACUUUCUUUGUCAAAAAUGUUUUCCUAUGUACAUGGGGGUUUUGGGUCCUUUUUUUGGAGUCGGGGUUAUACCAGUCAUUCUUUUAUAUCAUUUUCCUACCCGGUACCCCAUGAGAGAGUCCGUGGUUAGAGGACUCAACAAGGCGUUUGGUGUUUUCAUGGAGGCUAGAACCCAUCACUACUCUUUUCAUUUACUGAGCGUCAGACUGGUACUGGAAGCGGCUAUGUUUGCCGUUCUCCACCUCAUACAGACACAAGAUCUGGUUUAUAGUUACAUUAUUAUAUACUAUUCACCUAGGAAUAGUGAAAGCGAAACAUAAACAAAUUACCAA